UGUAGGUUUGACACAGACCGAAUUGAGCUUUCAAUGUCAUAGUGAGCCAGUGAGUAGUUGUGACACCUGUUGUUUUGGAAAGGAAACAUUGUUUCUUAUAAUAUUCGAAGGAAACAUCCAAGAAUCAUCCAGUAAGCAGUAUUGGAGCCGUUUUCUGCAAGUGGAAGGAACAUCACUGCAUCAUCAACUGGCCAUGCACAGGAUGUCCUCGCAAGAUUUUUGACCAGGAAUUCAGAAGGACAGGCAGAAGAGUAGCCCAAGAGCCAAGGACCACUCGGAGAAACCUCCAGAAAGACUUGGAGGCAGCAGAGCUUUUCCAUAAAUCAUGAUUACCAGUCUUCUACUGACUUCCUUUCUCAUCCAGGCAGCUGAAGGAAUGCAAAAUGUACCACAGCUUCAAGAUGUACGUGGUGACAUAAGUACUAACGGGAUUGAUGUAUCCUGGACGGAUGAGCCCUCUUUUGUCAGCCAGCAAGAAAAUGUUAUUUAUGAUAUUGAAGUCUACUACCCUGAACAGACAGAACCUGUGUACAGAGAGUCUAUUGAGAGAAGAUCGAAUAUUUCUCAUCAUUGGCACUGGACAUCUCCCCUACCACUCCAGUGUCUCCGACAUUCAGUGAGACUUCGACACCACAAUGCCAGUGAGUGGACAGAUCGUAAAUAUGUCACAGGUUCAGAUCCUGAUUAUUCGGAAUUACCAGUAAUUUACCCACGAGACAACAUUGAAACCGCUGUCCUGGCUGACAGCCAGAAAAAAUUCUGUUGCAUCACUCCUAAUGGAACCACACUAAAAGAUUUUACAUAUGAUGACCGACCAAUGAAAUCUAUUCGUGUAGGGCAGACCUACAUUGUUGAUUUGUUGAUGGAAGCCACUGGCACUGGGGGUUCUAUUCUAUAUUGUGAAGUGAAUAGGAACUACAAUGCAGGAUCCGUUGUCUACGUUGGCUAUUCUCCGGAAGUUCACAACUUUACAUGCGAGACAAGAAACCUCCGUCAUCUAGAGUGUUCUUGGACACAGGGUAGAGAUAAAAACCUAAGAGGAGUUCAGGGUACCAAAUAUACUCUUAAUGAAAGGUAUUACUGCCAUCAUGCUACUGCAGAUCGUUCACUCCACAAGAAGUGUUCCAUAGAAAUAUUUCCAAACCAGGGGAGGUGGCAUGGACACUGACAGCAGAAAAUAAAAUCAAUAAAACAAGUUUCACUUAUACAGCUGACCCCAGACACAGAGUGUACUUGCGGGCUCCUCAACGUCUAGAAGCCUUAAAUGUAAACUCCAGAAAUGCUAGUAUUCAGUGGGACUGGUCUGAUGCCAACCUGAUGUUAUUAUCAAUGCGAUGUCAAGUACGAAUAAUGUGGUCCAACAAAACAGAAGAUGGGAGAGAAGAUGACACUGGAGUGGGCCUGAUCUCCAUGACCCUACGUGAGCUUCACCCGUACACUACCUAUUCCGUCCAGGUGCGAUGCGCAUCCAACGAGCACUUCUGGAAGUGGGGGGACUGGAGUAAAGAAAUCACAUUUGAAACCAAAGAGGACAUUCCUCAGGCUGUGGAUGUCUGGAUGACAGUCAACAGCAACAACAGUCUUGUGGUGUGGAAGCUAGUGCCUGAGAAGAGCCAUGGAAAGUUGGUGAAGUAUGAACUGUCGUGGAAUGGCUCAGUCCCUCUGAGGUUGGAGCCAACACAACACUGUUACAGCAUGAGCACUGACCGUGUGAAGAGGAUCACCAUCACAGCCAUGAACAGUGUUGGCUACUCACAACCUUCAACCAUCAUCAGCCCAUCACAAGCACGAGAUGUGGAGACAACUCGUGUUAAUGGCGGUAAUGGUGGUGUGGAGUUGGCCUGGGCCCCGAAGCCUGGGGCCAGUUGUGGGUAUGUGGUGGACUGGUACCCUGUGGGCAGCCAGGACAAGUGUGACAUCCAGUGGAUAAAGAUACCAGCUGGCCGUACGAAUACUACAAUCAAUUCAGGGCUUAAAGAUGGCGUGCGAUACACAUUUUCUCUGUAUGCCUGUACCUCAGAUGCCCCAAAGCUCCUGCAGAGAUGGGAGAGUUAUGGCCGAGAGCUGGCCCCAGACCAGGCUCCAGGCAGUUUCCAGGGUAAACAGGAUGGGAUGGAUGUAGUCCUCACCUGGGACGAGAUACCCUUGGAGCACCGGAGAGGGUUUAUUCAGCGAUAUGAGAUCAAAUAUACCCUCAGUUCCCACGGACAAUAUAAGACAGAGACUGUUUUAGGCAGUAAGGAUGGGAUGCAGAAGAGGAUUUACCACCUCCAUCCUGAGACCUAUGAGUUCUCGAUACAUGCUGUCACAUCUGGAGGCAAAAGUAGCAAACCAGCAACAACUAGAGUCACGCUUACCUCACAGGUUUCUCAGAUCAUUGUAUACAGCAUCGUAUCACUAGCAGGUGCCAUCGCAUUGCUCCUACUAUUCACCUUUCUGUGCUACCAGAAAAGGACCUGGCUGAAGGAUAAGGUGUACCCAGAGAUUCCAACCCCUCGAUUUGUUGGUGGUUUGGACGCAAAGGGAUUUCAAUCGUUUGAGUUACCUGCGGAGCGUGUGGAACAUCUGGAUGCUUCUCCCAUACUAUUCAGUGAUGUCAACCAGAAGGUCACAAACAACGUUACGCACAAUGUCUUCUUCCCACUGCACAGGAAUAUCACAGACUCACAACCGUCAGAUCCAGCAGACUGUAAAUUCCACCCCAGCAUGAAGAUCCUUAUUACUGAGAUAAACAACCCCAACUACAAGCCGCUGGGGUCUGUAGGUGAGGCAGGGGAAGCCGCUCCAGUGACCACAGAGGAGGUCACCAUGCCAGGAUACAAACCCCAGCUGCCCGGAGAAUCCUCCCUGCUGCCCUUGCGUUCAGCAUCCUCUUACCGGGCUUUGGAAGAUGCCUGCCAGGGCGGUCUUUUGGAGAGCGAAGACUAUAUUUCAGUUGGCUUAGUAGGAAGCCCUACCUCAGUCAGCUCUUCACAGCCCUUGCUUGGAGAUUCAUAUACAUUUGGACAGCAUGCCUAGCUAGGUUACAGUGUCAGAAGAUGAUGCUAAGUUAUGGAUGCAGAAAAGUCAUGUAGUGCACAGCAGCACAUACCUUUGAAUCUGACUCUCAAAUGGUUUGACAGGAGCAUAACAUAAUAACUGGACUAUAAGUUGCAUCAGAUGUUCAGACACUGUCCUGUUUGGUGUUAUCACACUAGCUGUUGUGAGCAGUUUCUCCAUGUGCUUGUAUAAAGCCCCUUGCUAGUUGUUGCCUGUGUUGCAACACUCAAAGUCACAGCACUGAAUGUUCUAGAAUAUGGUUUGUGUGUGUGUGUGUGUGUGUGUGUGUGUGUGUGUGUGUGUGUGUGUGUGUGUGUGUGUGUGUGUGUGUGUGUAUGUAAUUGGGGAACUAAACUGAAAAUGUGAUUGGGAACUUGUUAUUUGUAUUUUUUUGUUCUAUGGAGCCACUGAAGAAGGACAAUGGUGGGAAUUCAUUUUUUAGAGGUAGAAAUGUGUGAUGGCUAGCUCUAGCAUGGCAUGGUCAUAUAUUAAGAGAUGUCAACGUUUGUCUUUUUUCUUGGGACACCAGAACACUGGGACACAUGCAACUAGGCUGAUAAUGAGAUUAAGCUUUUGGUCCCUGACCAAAAGGAGCACAAUCAUGUCACACAGGCAUACACUGGAACACACACAUGCUGGAGCACACACACCUGAACCUGUCACUCACAUUCACACCUGCACACACACCCCUCACACACACUGGUGGUGCAGGAGUCCUCCUGACCCUGUCAAAGUGUUGUUUAGCAAGCUUGAGCAAGACACGGUACCCCAAUCCUCUCUUGGUGCAAGUGGAUUUACUUGCAUGGCGUAUAAGUGUGUGUGUGAAUGGGUGAAUGUGAGGCAUUAAGUUGUAAAGCAUCUUGAGUGCUUGGAGGAGUACACAUACACACAUACUGUACAGUUUCAGGAGUAGGGAAUGAAGUAGGGGAUGUUGAAGAAUUGAGAUGUUGACAUUGAAAUGUAUUCUCUCUCUCUCUCUCUCUCACACACACACACACACACACACACACACAGAGAGAGAGAGAGAGAAAGAACGCAAAAAUCCUAAUUAGUACAACAGCUCCCUGACCUAACACUACAAACCCCCAAAUGCUCACUCGGGGUAUUGCCCAAUUGACUGUAUAUCUGAACAACAACAAAAAAAAGGACUAAAUAGAUAGAUAGAUAGAUACUUUAUUGAUCCCCAAGGGGAAAUUCAAGUGAAAUGUGAAUGAUAUAUCCAACUAUGAAGAUGAACACAGAAGCACUAGUAAUCUAACCUUGGUCCUUCACCACCAAUUAGUAUCCACUGUGUAAAACACAUUCAUCCCAAGUGCGGUCUUCUGUUUCAUCACACACAUCCAUUUGAAGACCAUGCCUGUUCUAGGCAGGGUGCAUUGCAAGCAUUGUGUCUUGCCCACCCAAACAAAGUCAAGAAGUUUUUUUUUUUUUUGGUUUGUUUUAUUCAGUGUGCAGUCUCAAAACCAGCUUGGAUGUAGAUGAGUUGGUGUGGAGUGCAAUGGUAGCUAGCUGGUGCAGAGCUGUGCAGUAGGCUCAUGUAUGUGUGCUAUUAGGAAAAUUCUGCCCAUUUUUCACAUUUUUUACAUCUCAGUCGCUGAGUGCUGUCGGUACGAGAAAACUCCACAUGUGUAGCACUAUAGCUGCCUGGCUGCUUUAGCUGUUGGCAAGGAUGUGCAAAAUACAUCAAAAUAUAAAUAUCAAAUACCCUAAU